AUGGGAAUUUAUCAAGAAAAGCCCCAUUACAUCUGGCUUACCCGCACCGAGCUCGCCGGAGUUCCAGAAGAUGCACUCUCUGGACUUGAAACCGGGACUGGGGAGUUGGACGGCAAGUUGAUGCUGGAUUUAAAUGGCAUACAGGCUAGAUGGAUGUUAACUGUGGCGAGCUCGCCGGCUACGAGACAGAAUAUUUAUUUGGAGAGUAGACGGAUGGCAAAAGAAAACAUCCCCCUAUUCCACGAAGCAAUCCAACUGCGCCACCAAUCCGCCCACCUCCUAGGCUACCCAAGCCACCUCGCAUUUAAAGUAGAUCUCACAAUGGCCAAAACUCCCUCCGCCGUGACGAAUCUCCUAACCAACCUUCGCGAUCUUGUCAUCCGCCACUUACCAGCCGAUCUCUCCUGCACCUCAAAAGCGCUGAUCCCGCAGCCCAAGACCAGCCAAAUAGCGAGGUUAUACUUUGGUCCGAUAUCCCUAUUAUACCCGUCUGUAUGA